UUUUCAAGAAAGCUGCUAAAAAAGAAAGGUAGACAAGGAAGCUCUGUGUUUACCAGCUCCAGCAGUUCAAAACGCUUUACAAGUACCGGCUUGCUAAAACUUAACACGAACGUAAAUUCGGCACAUUAAUCAAAUAACAUCGCCAAUACGAUCAGAUCUCGUCGCAUCGGGUGUCAUCGCUGCCACUUCAUGAGUAUGUGGGCCAAGAGUCUGUUUAUAACGAUCCCAGUCCUCAAGCUUAUUUUCCUAUUGGCGUUGUCAAUAAACAUUGAGGGAGCUGGCGCUUUUCGGUGCUACGUGUGCAACUCGAACAACGAUGUAUCCUGCUCGUUGUCGCCGCCACCAAAGAACCUUAUACAAGACUGUAACCAGCUACAAAACGUAGACAACAAAACGUACAGCCUCUGUCGCCUGAUGGUUGUUGAGGUGGAGGAACGAAGAACUGUUGAUCGCCGUUGUGGGUGGAUUCAACAUCAUGACAGAGACAGCUGCGUAAACGAGCCCCGUGUCGAUAUAAAGGCGAUUAACUGUGAGUGCCGCACAGAGGAGUGUAAUGCAGGUUUUUCGAAGAGCGCCGAUGCUCUUGUGUUACUCGGAUGUACUACUGCCGUCUAUCUUGUGGCGUCGAUCUUUAAGCGAUUCUGAAUUUUUUUUCUCUAUUGACUGCGGGGAAUGUUAACAGCAACUUACGGCAUCUUACAUAAAUGCUCAACUUGAAUAAAACAAUGCCAAUAAGUUAUAGCUUCAAAAAUUACUGAGAAAUUGAUAGAAAACCCUCUUGUAUUUGGGUGCGUUUAUAAAAAUAAACAUCAAGCAAAUAGGUAAAAGUACCCUGUCGUAGUUGUCUACUUAUCCAUAUAUACGACAUUAGUUCAAAUAUUUAACCUAAAUGUACAGCCCCGUUAAGAGCGUCGUGAUGGCGGACUAUGAGGUACUAAUCUACUCGGUUGUAUUUGCCCAUAGAGGGAUGGCGCCGUUAGUAAUCUUCAGUCUGCAUACAGUUGUUUUACGUUAGAAUUAGUAGAAACUCCCUAAGCACUUGCAAGAAUAGAUCGUGCACCCAAUCCUGGUGCGAGCACUGAUUACACACUAAGACAAUCCAGAUAACUGGGAACUCCCUACUUCCCCAAAAAAUCUUAAUUAAUUGUAAAUGAGCCUAUAACUCUCCUUAACUGCGCAUAAAAUGACAUUUAAAUACUAUAAAAUUUGUGUUCACAAUAAAAGUCAAUAUUAAACAAAUA